UCAGCCUACUAAAAAAUCUGUUAAAAUGACCCCACCACAAUCAAAAACCAUUAUGUCGGGUAAAAAUAGUAAACAUGGCAAAAAUAAUAAUUUGUGCUAUCCUGCAGAUGAAGAAAAACACAAAUUAACUUUUAAAAAAUGUUCCAUCGUUGCAAUAAUUUAUUCAAUAAGCAAUCAAAUGAAAAAUAUAUUGAUAAUCUCAAUCACCAAAAGGACAAUUAUUUAGUUAAACCAAAUGAUGAGCUGCCGUUGGUUGACAUUUUGAAAUCUUCGAAAAGCGAACGCCAAUCUAAUAAAGCAACUAAAGAAUGUAUUAAAAAAUCGAAAAGUCUUAAAGUAGCCAAAAUGGAUGGAAAGAUCAAUAUCAUAAAGAAAUAUUCUCGAUUUCAAUCUGGAGAUGCCGCUGGUAAAUUUGAAAAAGAUUCGCGCAUAAUAAUAGAUAGCAGACAGGUUUGUCCAAAUUAUCAAGUUCCGUUAGUGAACACUGUUGCCGUUAAGAAAAAGGUUCGCUUUGCCUCAGUGUGCAGUAAUAUUACAAACUGUCUCAUACCAAGGAAUCAAAAAAAGGAAUCAAAUCCCGUAAUCUUCCUGUUCGAAAAUAAACAUUUUAAAAAGAAUAAUGGUAAAUUGUGUUCUUGCUGUGGACGUGUUAAAAGAAAAACAAGAAAAGCUGUAACUUUCAAUAACUCAGUUGUAUUAACAUCUAAAAUUAGUAAACCUGUUAAACAAACCAUGGCACUUCAAGAAAUUAGAAAAAGACAUAAACUACCUUGUCCUCGUUGCUUUUGUCGGAAACAUAAAUCGGUUAUGGAUAGAUCUAUGCUUAGGGUUUAUGGUAAAAAAGAUGGUUCAAGCGUGUUUGGACACCCCAUAUGUAAUAAAGAAGCUGAAACACGAUUCGCAAUGAUUCAUUUGGAAGCCAAUAAAAAUAAAUAUAAUUAUGAAACUACAAUUUGUCCAGUUAAAACAAAAAAGAAAGCACCAGCAUUAGAAUACAUAUACAUUCGACCUCAAAGAAAAAAUAAUAAAAAUAAACAGUUAACCGAACCAAAAAUUUGCGACAAAAUACAUAAAGGAAAAAAAAUUAAAAAGUUGUGUAAGGCGAACAAAAAGCACGUGACAAAUAGAAUGAAAAAGUGUAAAGAUACAUUCGGCUCGUUACUUGUAACUAAACCAAUUUUAGGACUUCAUAAAUUAGGAGUUCCUAAUGUUAAAGCUGUUCUACCUUUGCACAGGGUAGUAUUUAUUCCCCGAUACAUUUACCAUAACUUUCAACCAUAUUUGCGAGGCCCAGUUCGAGUAUCGAAGAAUUUGAUUAAACGAACUAAGGACGGCCCCGUGGCUGCAAUACUUAAGCGAUUCAAAUUGAGGUUACAUGCAGUCAAAUUCAUUUUUAGUCCGGUCAAGGUUGAUAUAGUAAUAGUCACGACUCAAAGUCAAGUUGAAAUUUGAAAUAUCAAAGCAAGAUAAAGCAAGAUGGAAAUCAACGCCAUAUUUGCAAUUUUAGCCUUACAUAGUCCUAGGUUCUACCCACAUUAUGUCUCAUUCUAAGAGUGUCUUCUAGUCUUGUCCUUGGAUGUAAGAAGUCUAUGAAUGUCGUACUGUACUGUUACUAGUAGUUGCCGUGUGGUCUUGUGUAUUGUGUUCGGAGCUAUGUAGAGCUCAAUGUGAUGGUUUUUUUUUGUGUCUAUGUUGUUGUUCAAAAUAAAUUUUAUAUCAUC